AUGCUCAAGCCAUACACAAGGAGGACAUUUUUCAAGCAGUCAUUGGUGUGCUCGUUCAAGAGAUGGAAUUCCAAGGUAGAAAUCUCAGGAAUUUCAUCUGCGAAGAUCUCAGCUGAAGGUAAUGAGGAAACUGAAACACUGUCGGCGUCAACACCAACGUCAACGCCAAAUGCAUCAACAGCACCAGACCUUCCUUGCGAAAAUGAUGUGUCUACUCUAACAGACUUGCCGUGGGAGGAGCCUGAAGUGAAAGACAAGUUGUUCCCAGAAACGAACAAUAGAUUUAAGGAAUCAUCGGUUAACGAAUUAAUCCUAGCUCCAAUGAAAAAAAAAUCAUCACCUAUUCAAAAAUUGCAGCCACGUAAGAGAAACGUCAAGUCAGCCAGUGAUAUAAAUAUUCAAAUUGAGAGAGACUUUAAAAAUUUAAUGCAAUUUAAGUACAACGUUACCCCAGAUGAUUUCUUUGCAAACAUAGAUGAUCUGAAACCAUCGAGCAAUAUAGUAACGAUAAAACAACUAGGCGAACUAGCUCAAACACUAGAUAAAUCAUUUCGAGUGAAACAACUCAAGAGUUACAUAUUUGAAAGAGCACCUGAAAUCACAAUCAGAAAAUCAGACACCAAAAAAAAGCUAAUUAACAAAUUAAUAUCGGAGCACUGGGAUUUAAAGGUAACCCUAGACCCAACAGAAGACUUGAUUAGUGAAAUCACAAUCGAUAUAUCUAAUAGUAGAGACUUGUUUUUAUUAUUGAGUCACAAAGGGUUUUUGCCUCAGCAUUGGUCAUUGAUUGGUGCACAGCUAUCAUUAAGCAAAUCACGUCAUGAACUAGUCGUAAGGGGCAGUAGUAAUAUUGUCAAUUUUGUCCAAGCGUCGUGGAAUGAUUUAUUGAACAAUGUUUCCACAGACACUUUGGAGUUAUAUGAUGUCAAAAGAUUCUACAAAUCUAUCAAUAAAACAUUAGAUUUGGACCUAAUUCAAAAGGAGUUUAGUGUUUAUUUUGAUAAAAUAACAUACGAUAGUGACAGUGAAAAAUAUAUGCUAUCAGCAAUCAAGAAUUCAUUGAUAAGUAAGGUCAAAAUUGAGAUUCUAAAAGCCACGGAGUAUAGAGUCGGCAGUAGUGCCGUUGUGAUUGAUGAACUAAUCGAAAGAGCGAAAAAGACGGAUAAAGAGAUGUUAGUUAGAAUGGAAAUUUGGGAUGAUAGUUUACCAUGGUACGUGAGACCUGAGAAUUGCUUCAGAUAUGCCAUGUCGAAGAAAAGAAAAAGCGAAAGUUUAUUGAGUGAUGAGAGUAUGGUUGUUAAGAUUUUAAGUGAAGAAGUCCAGGACCUGAAAGCCGAGGUGGAAGAAGCUAAGGAAAAAUUUGAAUAUAACUAUAUCCAAUCUGGCAUCAGAGAUGAAGUCAAAAUAAAUAGAGACGAAGAUUACGACAAAAAUUUCUUCAAAAUUAAGGAGGGUUCAGUUGUCAGUGAAGUUGAACUGGAUGCCACCUCUAUUCAAAAAGAACUCCUCAGUAUUCCUGAAGUCAAAGUUGAAGGUAAGCUUGUGCUUGAUAAUACGAUCAGUGUGAAAUUAGGAAAGUUAUUAUAUUCUAAGGAGGAUGAUUCGGCCUCACAUUUCAACUCAAACAUUCCUGAAUUUAUCCGUAGAAUUGGAAAGCUUGAGCUUAUGGACAAGGGCUCUUCAUUGUUUGGAUCAUCUGGUGGUAUUUUAAACAGAUUCAGUAAGCAAAUCCAUAUCAAACUCAUUCCUAAUGGAUUUUGGGACAAUAAGUUUGACAAGUUUACUAAAUUCCCAAGUAUUGACAUAUUAGUAGACUAUAGGGACAACAGGUUAGAAGUAAAUAACUUCAGUGCUUUUGUUAGUGAAGUUGAGAGAAAUGUCGAUGUUGCGAUUCCUACAUUAGAACUCGACUUGAGAUUUCAGAAUAGUAUUAACUCUAUGUUAGUUUACAAUAAGGAUCAGUGGAUACUUAAUGGACGAUCAGAGGCCGAGUUUCAAGAUACUAAUGGGGACAAGGAGGAAAACGACGUCACUCGGAAUAAGAAGCAAAUUAAUAUGUUUAUCUCCCAAAUAGCAAGGAAGAACUUGGAUAGCAGAAGCACUGCGGGUUUACGAGGAAUGAUCCAUCAAUUUAAAUACAAGCCCUACACUUUUAUUAUCAACGGUGAACCAAUAAAGUAUAGUGCUGUUUCAGUUGACUUUGUGAAAAGUAUCGAACUUGAGCAUGAAGGUCUCCCCGUAUCACUUGAGCUAAAAGACGAUGGGGAGCAUCAACGCGUUGAAGUUUCCAUGCUUAAAGAGGAGAACGCCACGAUGGACUCCUUUGUCCAGUCCAGUAUCUCCCUUUCUCAAUUCCUUUGUAAAUAG